GUGGGUAGUGACGAUCUCACGAGGGUCCUAAGUGUGUCUCAGGGAGAGUUCAGCCUAGGCAGCUGUGGACCGAGGACAACCUGGCAGAUCCAUGCAGUCACAAGUAAGGAUUUUAACUGCUGUGACUGGUGUGUGGACCAAACGUCAUUCAUCUCCCUCCAAACUGCCUAGUGGCUCUGCUUCCCCUGCCAUCCCUCUUCCUGAAGUGGCUUCUUGGGCUUUAAGAGCACAUUCACUUAGACUUCCUGAAGCUGGAGCCAGGAAAUGGACUCAGUGGCUGUUGAGGAAGUGGCUGUGAACUUUACUCAGGAAGAAUGGGCUUUGCUGGAUCUUUCUCAGAGGCAACUCUACAGAGAUGUGAUGAUGGAAAUCUUCAGAAGUCUGGCCUCAGUAGCUUCUCAAAACCUUAUUGAUGGAGACAAGCUAUCCACUGAAAAUACAAUAUUACGAUUCAUGAAAAAUGACACCUGGUCCUCGAUUGUCGGAGAAAUCUUCGAAUUGCUUGUCACUGAAGAUCAGGAUAACAACCAGAAAACACAUGUAAGCAUGCUGCCUGUUUUUAACAGAAGGCGUAUGUUAGAGAACCUCUGUGAAAGUAAUGAAGACAAUCAUUGUGGACAGACUUUCAGCCAGAUUCCAGAUCUUUCUCUGCUAAAAACUCCUAUGGAAGCAUAUCCUUCUGAAUGCCUUGAGUGUGGAAAAUCCUUGGUGAAUCAUUCAUCACUUAAGCAGCAUAUCAAAUCUCAUUCUGGAUGCAGUGCCUAUCAGUGUAAGGAAUACGGAGAAGCCCGCAGUUGUCCGUUUUACCUCAGCACUGCUGUGAGAACUCUUACUGGAGAGAAAUCCUAUGAAUGUAAGGAAUGCAGCAAAUGCUUUCGUCAUUCCUCAAAGCUCACUAUACAUAUGAGAAUUCACAGUGGAGAGAGGCCUUAUGUAUGUAAGGAAUGUGGGAAAGCCUUUAGUCAGUCCUCAAACCUCACUGCACAUAUAAGAACUCAUAGUGGAGAGAGGCCUUAUGUAUGCAAGGAAUGUGGGAAAACCUUUUGUCAGUUGUCAAAUCUCAGUGCACAUAUGAGAAUUCACAGUGGAGAGAGGCUUUAUGAAUGUAAAGAAUGUGGGAAAGCCUUUAGUCUUUCCUCAAACCUAAUUAGACAUACAAGAAUUCACAGUGGAGAGAGACCUUAUAAAUGUAAGGAAUGUGGUAAAGCCUUUAGUCUUUCCUCAAAACUAACUAGAUACAUAAGAAUUCACAGUGGAGAGAAGCCUUAUGAAUGUAAGGAAUGUGGCAAAGCUUUUAGUCGGUCUUCAUAUCUCACUGAACAUAUGAGAACUCAUAGUGGUGAGAGGCCUUAUGAAUGUCAGAAAUGUGGCAAAGGUUUUAGUCACUCCUCAAACCUCACUAAACAUGUAAGAACUCACAGUGGAGAGAGGCCUUAUGAAUGUAAGGAUUGUGGCAAAGCCUUCAGUCGAUCCUCACACCUUACUCUACAUUUGAGAACUCACUGUGGAGAGAGACCCUAUAAAUGUAUGGAAUGUAGCAAAGCCUUUUCUCACACCUCAGGCCUCACUAGACAUAUGAGAACUCACAGUGGUGAAAGGCCUUAUGAAUGUAAGAAAUGCAGGAAAGCCUUUCGUCAGUCCUCACACCUCACUACACAUAUAAGAACUCACAGAGGAGUGAGGCCUUCAGUGAGGAAUGAGGGAAAGCCUUUAGUCUUCAGUGCUGACUGAACGUAAAUAACCUCACAGUGGGAGAAACUUUAUGAAUGUAAGGAAUGUGGGAAAGCAUUUAGUUAUUCCUCAUCCCUCACUAAACAUAUAAGAAAUUACCCUGGAGAGGAACAUCUUGAAUAUAUGGAAUGUGGGAGAUUCUGUUGUGAUUCCUCAAACCUCAGUAAUUCUAUAAAAA